AUGAUAGUUGAACUGGCAGAUAUAGUCACGUUGAACCCAAAGGAAGGGUUUGUGGUCAAAACCAAAAUAAUAGAUGCCACCGACUAUAAUAAAUAUAAUAUUUCUACCAAAGUAUUCAUCAACUUGUGUCACGAUCCUCUAGUACCGAAACCUCCUCAAGAUUUUGACCCCACAGUAGUAUUUCCUCUUAUUAUUAAUAACCAAUGGGAAAUACCGAUAAUUACAUCCCGGGAGAAAGAAAGCAAGGACAAAAAGGGGCAACCUUCUUUAGUUUACGAUUGCUGCAUCAAUUCUACCUGCUUUAGGUGGUGCCAAAUCAAUGCCGAUUUAAGAUCAAUUCUCAUUGAAUGGUGCAUUGAAGCUGUAGAAAUUAUGUAUAGUGUAGUAUUAGAAAGAGAAUACAGUAUUCCGAAAAUGCUAUCCAAGGGUGAGUUAACAAAGACAGAGAUCUUGAAAAGUGAAUUGGAGGGAAGCAUACAAAAGAAGAUGGACCACAUUGCAGAUGAAACGAUGGGCUUGCUAGAAGAGAUGAGAGAGAACGAAGAAAAUGAUGUAGAUUUGAAUGAAGAAUUGCCAGACAUAAUGAAUGUGGGCGGCGGAAAAAAGAAGAGUUUAAUACAAGAGAUAGAUGACACAGUCAUAUCGGAUGUAAAGAAGAAGUCAAAAGUGAGUAAUAAGUCAGAAAAGAAGCUCGAUAUAGAAGUUUCCCAAGGUGCUGGAACUGAUGGUGCUGAUGAUGCAGACGAUAGCUUUGGGCUUAAAGCCCUCAAAACUACCAAGCUAACUAAGCAGCCUAGAGCCAAAAUUGAGGAAACUUCAACUUUAACUCCCAAAGAAAAAAACCUGCUUAUAUCUGAAUUGGUGAGUCUCGAGCAUACACUUACGAAGCAAGCCACUAAAGAAGGUGAGUGCUUCAAGAUCCAUCUUCCCACUCUUAUACAUGGCCAUGAAGUUAAUGUGAGAUAUUCCUUUGUGCAGGAGAAAAUUGUAAUCUCUCACGAUGAUAAGGUUGCAUUAGAAAUUGAUUGUAGGAUCGAUGCAGGGACCUUGAAAGUUUUUUGGGUCGGCAAAGAAAAGAAUUUGUAUAUAUUUGGCAAAAGUCUUUAG